AUGGGCUUGAAGCAGUUUAACCAAGAUCUAGCCGCAUCCAAAGAAAUCUCGAUCAGCGCCGCCGUGUCAAACAUUCGACGAGGGGAUUCUGAUGGCGAGGCCGUCUUCACCUGGUCGUCGUCCAAUGACGUCGCAACAUCUCUUGAUGUUCAGAUUCUUGUUCUCGAUGUCGACUCAUAUCCUAAGGGUUCGAGCGUCAUGAUAUUCACAGAAUCAGAUCACUCCACCGUAAAUGUCUCUUCUCUACUUGAACGCCUAUCGUCCUCUCUUGCGAACAAGAACAUUGAGACAAUCAUCAAAGCUGUUGCGGAGAAACUAUCUGCCAAGUUAGAGCUCGCCGAUGAUGCGCGUGGAGACACCGAUUCGGACAGCGUGCCUGACUUAGACGACUACGAAGAAUCGGAGUCAGAAUACGAUGGCGACGACGACGACGACAACGACGACGACUUGCAUGAAGCUUCCUUACUUCCAGCUUCCUCCAUCGCAUUACCAGAUCGACCUAUUGAAGCUGCAAUCUCUAUCAGACAAUUAAAGAGAGAUUUACGGACUGCCCAAUCGGCUGGCAUCUCGGUAGGAGUCUUUCCAAGAAGACAGCUUCGAAAUGCCGAGUUCUUUUCUCUGUCUCUUCGGGUGGUGAAGCUUGGCAUCCCAGAGCAUGCUCUUGAGGCUUGGGGCCUUGAAGAUGACGAAUAUUUAGUUCUCCUGUGCCGACUUCCGUCACGUUAUCCGACUGUUUCAGAGAUUUGUAAUGCGACUUUCGAAGACUGGAAGCCACAGUUUCGCUUUGGGAAAUGUUCAAGGCCCAAACCAUCCACUGAGACUUCCCGUCUCGCCUUUUUGAUGACAGCUGAUGGGACCAGGGACAACCGAGAAGCUGACAGGACCAGCAAAAAGAGCGGUGAUGAAGUUGCCAGCGGAGGAUUUACUCCUCUUUACAUGUCAAAUUCAAUCAACAUGCUGAUGAACGCCGACUUUCUCAAGCUGUUGCGUAUGAGACGUAAAGAUGGAUUAUCGUGGGACGGGGCUAUUCGCCGUCAAAAGUUGCUCGCUAAGGGAGGGCAUGACGGUUUAAAAGAUCUAUCUAAAGAUGACACAUCUGACAGCUUGGUAUUCGAAGGUUCGAUGCCAUCUUUACGCCACGAUUACGCCUUGGACGACGCGGAAAAACUCAGCCUCCCCAUGAUUGCUAUGCAAUUUGCCUUGCGGCGCCUUGUUCGUUGUACCAAGUAUUGCAUGGUUUGUCACCAAAGAUUGGAAGAUGAGUUCGAAGCUCUCAAACCCUACGUCUGCAGUAACCCCCUCUGCAUCUAUCAAUUUGUUUCGCUUGGGCUCGGAGCAAGCACUGAACAUGAAAUUAUCCACAAUCCUUACGUUGUCGACAUCUUGAUCAGUUUUUUCGCUUCGGCCCUCGCACAUCCCAAUUCUUUGCGGCAAUACCCCACUGGUCUCAAUUUAAAAUCUGCGAGCACCGGAUCGAGGGCCAAGCCAUUGCAGCAUUCUGUUGCUGAAGCUUGCUUCCUUGAAAGAUCAAUCCGUCUCAAUCCAACCGAUUAUUCCAACCAUUGCAGUAUCAAAGUAGGAGAUACAAUCUUAGUAGUCAUUGAUGGCGUGGAACCGAGCCCAAGCAUGCCAAUACUCAAUGGAAAUCUCGAGAGACAUGUUUGUAAGGUGACGAACAUUACUGCCAACAUCUGCUCUAUUGAGAUCGUGACAACCAUGACAGGCCCUGUCAACGUUCUCACCUUACCAGAAGAAGAAAACCCUACGCAAGCCUCGAAUCCUGUAAAAGAAUGGGUAAAAGUCUUGGUUUUUCAGUAUUCCAAAGACGUUGAUGAUCUUGAUGAGUCCGAACGAACAGCUGCCCUAAUGCAGGGUAUGCCGAGCCAUUGGAUGCAAUUUCGAUUUCUGCAAGGGACUCCAGAACGAGAACGACUUUUUAUGAAAGAGUUGACUACUGUGUCGCAAUCUAAGAGCCCUGAAAAGUGGUAUCCAUCGAUAUUUGCUUGGCAUGGCAGUGCCCUUUGCAAUUGGCAUAGUAUCAUACGAACAGGGCUUGAUUUCGCGACUAUUGCAUGUGGACGCGCAUAUGGAAAUGGAGUGUACAUGAGCAAAAGCUUCGAGGUGAGCAUAGGGUACAGCAGUAGAAUACCAAACCCCCGGAAUCCAUCUGGUCUGCAUGCUGAAAAUUACUGGCCCAAUUCGGUUCUCAGGCCGAGUUCUGCUAUUUCUAUUUGCGAAGUAGUUAAUCGAACGAAGGAAUUUGUAAGCAUUUCGCCUCACUAUGUGGUCAACAAGAUCGAAUGGAUUCAAUGCAGAUAUCUAUUCGUUGCUGUAGAUCCGCAGCCACGAGCCACGCAGCAACCCUUUCCAACGAAGCCUAAAGAAGCCUGUGUCGGAUACAUAACUCAAUGCCCAUCAAAUCAGCUCCUCGCACCUAGGGACAAACCAGUUAAGAUUCCAUUAUCGGCAGUUCCGUCGAAUCGUCAGCGUUUUCAUUUGGAUGAUCUUUUACAAUCUAAAACCAAGGAAGCGCCGAUUAUGCCGCUUGAUGACCAUGGUGAGACAGAUCACGAGCUCCUUUUGGACUCUGACGACGAAAUCAUUGGCAACAGGCGUAAGCGCCGGAAUUCAUCAAUAGGUUCGUCUGAUAGGCGAAGCACGAGACUAAAAUCUGCAGAUUCUGAAGUUCCAGGUGGUGAAGGUGAUUUAAUCCGACUAAAGACCAAAUUUACGUCCGGUAGCCUAGAUCUACAAACCCUCCCAAAACUUCCAGAGCCAACCUGGGCUUCAACUUCCCCAUCAGCACUCAGGAACUUGAACCAUGCCAUCAAAGAGAUGCAUCAGAUACAAAGCAGUGAAGACAUUGCGUGUCUCGGGUGGUAUAUCGAUUUCAAUAACCUGAACAAUGUUUUUCACUGGAUUGUAGAGCUACACAGCUUUGAUUUGGAUCUUCCUCUUGCUCAAGACAUGGAGAAAACGGGUUUCACCAGUAUCGUGCUUGAAUUCCGAUUUGGUACCAGCUUCCCGUUCUCUCCUCCAUUUGUUCGGGUUGUGCGUCCAAGAUUUUUACCUUUUGCACAAGGGGGCGGCGGUCAUAUUACGGCCGGAGGAGCCAUUUGUUCCGAGAUUCUCACUAACUCGGGAUGGUCGGCUGUUAUGUCGAUUGAGAAGGUGCUCAUACAGAUUCGUCUGGGCUUGACGGAGUCAGAUCCUCCUGCUAGAUUGGAAAUGACGAACGUGAGGAGCGACACGAGAGAUUACUCCAUCGGUGAGGCAGUCGAUGCGUACCAACGAGCUGCAAGAUCACAUGGUUGGAGUAUUCCGGAAGAUUUGCAACAAAUUGGACAACUU